AUGCGAUUAUUGCUGUUAAUCUUACAGAACGUGGGUGCACGUGAUCCUCAUUCGGGUCACUUGAACUCACUAAGUGAUAUGUACACUCGUCCGCAGCCUGGUCCUAACGCAUCCUUUAGUUAUGUGCCCGAUAGAAUGGGGGGCGGUAUGGCGAAGAAUCAUAGCUCAAUGGCCGGUAGUCCAGGGUUUGGGGGACAUGGACACGGUGGUGGCUAUGGAAAUGGAUGGGGUGGGGUUAAUGGAGGUGGUGCUGGUGCCGGUGGAUACGGCUAUGGGGGACACGGUGCAAAUGGAAAUGGCUGGGGUGGUGCUUCAUAUGGAUAUGGUAGGGGUGGUGGUGGACAUGGUGGCCAUUUUGCUGGUGGUAGAGGUGGGGGACAUGGGUUUGGUCAUGCUCCUACCGGUGCUGUAGCAAGAGAAGCUGCUAUGGGCAAUCCUGCUGCUCAGGCUGCUUUGGCCGGAAGGGCUGCUAUGGGCAAUCCAGGUGCGCAAUCUGCUCUUGCUGGACAGGCUGCUAUGGGUAAUCCUGCUGCUCAGGCUGCCAUGGCUGGAAUGGGUGGUGGAAUGGGUGGCGGAGGAAUGGGUGGCGGAGGAAUGGGUGGUGGCAUGGGUGGUGGAGGAAUGGGUGGUGGAGGAAUGGGUGGUGGAGGAAUGGGUGGUGGCAUGGGUGGUGCUGGUGGACUUGCAGGGUUAGCAGGUGCUGCUGGUGCUGCCGGUGCCGCUGGUGCUGCCGGUCUUGCAGGAUUAGCAGGUGCUGCCGGUGCCGCUGGUGCUGCUGGUCUUGCAGGAUUAGCAGGUGCUGCCGGUGCCGCAGGUGCCGCUGGCAUGGGCGGUGGUAUGGGUGGAAUGGGAGGCGGUAUGGGUGGAAUGGGCGGUGGUAUGGGUGGAAUGGGAGGCGGUAUGGGUGGAAUGGGAGGCGGUAUGGGUGGAAUGGGAGGCGGUAUGGGUGGAAUGGGCGGUGGUAUGGGUGGAUAUCCUGGUGGAAUGGCCGGCAUGGCCGGUCGUGCAGCAGCCGGUGAUCCAUACGCCCAAGGCGCCAUGGCAAACGAAGCAGCAAUGGGCAACCCUGCUGCACAAAGAGCAAUGGCAGCUCAAGCCGCCGGCGGAAACGCCGGUGCAACCGGUGCACUUGCCGCUCAGGCGGGACAGGGUGAUCCAUAUGCUGCUGCCGCAUUGCAAGGACAAGCAGCAGGAGGAAAUGGUGCAGCACAAGGUGCAAUGGCAGGCGAUUCCCUAAUGGGAGGACCAAACUCGCAGAUGAGGAAUGCUCAGAGAGCAAAUGAAGCGGGCAUGUCAGCACAUCAAACACCAAUACGAGGAAAUGCACAGCGAGCGAUGAGACCGAUGUCGGGGAUGACAGAUGAUGCGUCCAGGAAAGCAAUUGCACAGCAGGAAGCAAUGAACAAACUGCAACAGAACAGAAAUCCGUACAUGAAUAACGCUGCUGCGGGCGACAUGAAUGCUGGCGGAAUGUCAGAUGCUGCAAAUGCGGCAAUUGCUGCCGAAGAAGAGGCUGACGCGCUGCUGCAAGAUGUUCCACCGGGUGAGAUGAAGGCCGCAAUGAAGGCUGCUCAGAUGGCAAAGAAGGUGGGACCAGCUGCCGCCGCUGAGGCUGAGUCGCUUGCAGCGGCCGAUCCGAAUGUCACACCUGCACAGGCCAAGGCCGCGGGUGCACAGGCUGCUGCCAACGCAGAGCGUGCUCUCGAAGAUUACGCAAGCCAGGAACAGGAGAUUGCACGACAGGGUGCAGAGAGGGAAGCAGCACGAGAGGCCGGUGAUAUGGCCGAAGAGAUGAUGGGACGUAUGAAUCCGCAAUCAAGACCUUCAGAACGUGCUGCCGCUGGUGCACAGGCUGCUGCCCAGGCUCAGCAGGCAUUUGAUAAUCAGCGAAAUGCUGAGGGACAAAUGCAGAACGCGGCUGAACGUAAUGCUCAACGUGAUGCGGCUAACCAGGCAGCCGGCGAAGCUGCUGCUGGCGAUGCUGCAAUGGGCGGUGCAAGCCCUGAACAGGCUGAGGCUGCUGGCAUGCAGGCUGCCGCCGCAAGUAAUGCAAUGAAUGCGCCAGGAAGACCCGAGAGAGAAAUGCAGGCUGCCGAACUUGGACAGGCAGCUGCUGGCCAAAUGAGUCCAUACAUGACACCACGUGAGAUGCAAGCCGCGGGUAUGCAAGCUGCCCAACAGGAGCGCGCAAGACCAGGGUCAUCACCUGGAAGUUUGAUGCGUGCGGGCAUGGAGGGUGCUAUGCAGCAAGCACAGGCCGACGACGGAUCGCUUUACAUGUCGCCUAUGGAGAUGGAACAGGCUGCUGCCGAAGGUGCCAACGAGGGCAGAAGAAUGAGAAUGGCACAACGGGUUCCGCAGCUCAAGGCAGCCGCUGAUGAAGGCGCUGCUGAGGGUGCGGAGAUGGCCCGCAGAAUGAAGGAAGCACCACUACAACGUGCAGCUGCCGAGGGCGCAGCCCAAGGCGUGGCAAUGGCCAGGAAGAUGAAGCAACCACAGAGAGCGAUGAGAGAAGCCGCCGAAGAAGCUGAAGCUGAGAACGCCGCCGCGGCUAGGGCUGCACAGGAACCAGGACUACCUGAGAUGGCUGCAGCUGAAGAAGGUGCUGCUGAAGGUAAGCUGUUGGGUAAGGCCAUGAAAUAUCCGGAGUUGGUCAAGGCAUUAGCUGAAGGCGAGGCCGAGGGUGCUGCCCUUGGAAGUGCGCUAAAUCAUCCGACAAAGGCAGAAGCUGCUGCUGAGGGUGCUGCCGAGGGUGCCGCCAUGGCCAAGGCACUGAAGAAGAAGCCCGAACUGAACGAGGCUGCUGCCGCUGCCGAAGGUGCAAGGGAAGGAAAGAAAAUGGGACAGUCGAUGAAACGUCCUGGUGAACUUGCGCAGGCUGCGGCUGAAGGUGCUGCUGAAGGAGUCAAGCUCGCAAAUGCGAUGAAGGUGCCCGCUGAAAUGGCCAAGGCUGCCCAGGAGGGAGCGCUGGAAGGACAGCAGGAGGCACAGAGAAUCAAAGAUGCAGAAGAAGAAGCAGCCAGAAGAGCAUUUGAAAAUGAUCCGCAGAUACAAAGAGCAAUAAAGGAAGGCUCCGCACAGGGUAUUGCAGCUGGUAAAGCAGCCAAGAAGGCCGCUGCCAGAGGCGGCGAUCCAAUUGCCGCAGCGGAGGAGGCUGCUGCCAAGGAAGAUGCGUUGCAGCAAGUUGCUAAAGACCCGAUAGCGCAAGCCGCGAUUGCUCAAGAUCUUGCCGAAGAGGAGGCAGCCAUUAAUAAGAUGGCUAAGACUGUGCCUGAGGCUGCGAUGAAGAAAGCAUUGCUCCAAGGCUCAUCGCCUGCGGAGGCACUGAAGAAAGGCCAAUCGAUUGCUGCAAAGAAUGCGAUUGACGGCGCGAGGGAGAUGAUAGCCAAGUCCAAGCCAUACUUGCAACCGAGCGAGGCGAUCCAAGAGGCGCAGGAGGAUGCCGAGACAGCACGUGCAGAUGGAUUUAUUCCAAAGGAUGAAGCCGCAGCGAAGAUUGAGGAGGCUGCCAAGGAUGGCGAGAAGCGCGCAGCUGACGCGGCCAAGAAAGCUACAGAGGCUACGGAAGAGGAUACUUCUGGUCUGGGAAUAAUCGCUACGGUGCCUGACGAUGCCGGAGCCGUGAGAAUGAGGAAUUCAAGCAUACACCUGCCGAUGAAGUCGUUUACAGAUGUCGAAGCGAAGUCGGAGGCAGAGGCGGAGGCGCUUGCCCGGCAGAACGAGCUCAAGAACAUGUUGCGCAACAAAGUGACAAAGAUCCCAGUCGACAGCCCGCUCAAUAUGAUCAAAGGCGAAGAUGGAUACUACAACAUGCCAGAGAGCGCAAAGGAGCUGGAGAUAACGAAGGGACGGGCGAUCUUCCCAGAGAGUGCAAAAGAGUCAAUGAAGAACGCCGGUCUGGAUACAUCCUUGUUACAGCACAAGAUUAAUACGGGCGAGCGAAAGGAUCUUGGAAUAGGCCUCGGCUAUUACAUCGCAGACGUAUCAAAUAUGCACAUGGAUGUUCCGUCGCCGUCAAGUCCGACGCCCUCAAAGGCACUGAUCGGCGAGAAAGGCACGCUCGACACGUCACAGGCAACAGGCAUAGACAUAGAGGGCGGAUCGGUGAAGAUGACACCGUGGUCAGAAUAUUCCAAGAAGGUACGGCCGAAAUUGAACCAAGGAAUCAGCAAGAGGCCGCGAAUGUCGGCCGCCGACGAGAAGAUGCUUAAGAAGGCUGCUGAGACACGUGACAUGUUGCAAAACACCAAGACAGAGGUCCUCACAAAUCCGAACGGCGAGGGCUAUGUGAGGAUCACGCCGCCGUACGGCGUGUCCGAGCAGGUUGCGGUUGCCGAUGCGAUCACAAAUUUGAACUCGGCGCCCAAGGGCGUCAAAGACACCGGACAAGACGGUGUUGGUCUUCUGCAAGGCACAGACUCAACCGGAUUUAAUCUUGAGGAUGCGCUUGAGGGCUCGGGUUCGAUGAACAUAGCGGACAAGCCUGAUCUUACAGGAUCUGUUGAAAACCAAGUAAUUGAGAAGAGUCUUGGCAAUGCAGCGAUGUCCGGAACAGCCAAGGAUACGAUGACCCCGUUAAAUGCGUUUACUGGUCUGGUAGACCUGGAGAAGAAGAGCAUCGUAGCACCUGAGGAAGAGCGGCCCAAGCCGUCAAAGGAUCAAUCGAAGAAUGACUUAGUGAUGAAUGAGCUCAAAUACGACACUCCGACGAAGGCAAAGAAGCUCGACAUUGGCGAGUCAUCAUACAUAUCCGCGGUUAACAAACUGCCACCCGAGCUUAUACUCCUCCUCAUCAACUACGCAAUCAAUCCUCACGACUUAGGCCUCAAGGCACAGCGCGAAAAGUAUAUGUCCACAUUGGCAUCGCUGAUGCCGAACAAAAGCGAGAAGUUUGAGGAUCUCAUCUAUGAGGCGAUCAAGAAGCGAAUUGGUCUUGCCAAUCCGAAGAAUCUGUACGUGGCACCCGUCAAAGAGGUCACCAAGAUUGUUUAUGAUAAGUCGCGUCCUAACGCGCCGCCGAAGCUGCAGAAGAUAUUUGUUGAUAAGAACCCUGUGCACAAGGUUGAUCCUAUGUACGUACCCCAGCACGAAAUAAUAAACAAGGUGAAUGGAAAGGUGCCCGACCUGAGAAUGACCGAGGUGGUGAAGAAGGAGCACCCUAAGGUGGUGCAGGUCACUGGUGUGCGAAAGAUUGAUGCGAAUAAGGUGCCUAAGGAGAAGAUGGUGCACGCUAAGACAGUAGAAGUUGUGAACACGAAGAAGAUGCUCGGAAAGGUUCCUAUCCAAAUGGCUACCACCAAGAUCCAACAGCCGCAGGUCACGACUACACCUAAAGUGACCACUUCAGUCGUAAGAACUGCGCCUGUGAGUAGUCAAAUAAUCAGGAGAGCAGUACCAACGAACGCUUCAUCACCCGCCGUGACAAGAUACGAAGCUAUUCCUAAAGGUUACAGGGUGGUCCAGCAAACUCCUGUGAAUCCCGCUAAUGUACAAAAAGUCGUUAAUGGCAAAUCUAGUUCGACUGUUGCUGGCAAACCUAGUACGACUGUUAUUGGCGUUUCCCCAAGCAAUAACAGCAACCCAGCGCAGAAAUAGUUGAACUGAUGAUGCAACUGUGUAAUGAUACAUAAAUAAUUAAAUAAAUGUUUA